CAGCAAACAGGAAAUUGAUUCUCUUUGCUUGGUACUUCCCUCCGAGUUUUACUUAUUACGCUGUCGCAGCGAAGGGACUCCACUUUGUCUUCGUCAACCUCCAAGUCUUCCUCUUCCGAAAAUUCAAGCUCCAGUCUUGGCGCGAGCUAGGGUUAGGUUUAGGGUUCGGGGACGGCACCUAAAACUUCGCAAAGCUGGAUAGCUACAGAAUAGACCGCUACGGCAACAACGACGACGACGGAGACGACCACUACGACUCGGUCCCCUACCGUCGACCCUCUCGUUUCUCCGACGCGCCCAUGAACCAGCAGAGCCACCACACUCGCCGCAGCCCCCCUAACUAUCAUGGUGGAGGUGGUGGUCGCGGUCCACACCGUGGCUUCGACAUCCCGCCGCGGGAGACUCCCGGUGGGUUCCGGCCAUUUGGGGGUGCCGGUGCCGGUGCCGGUGCCGGUGGUGGAGGGUUUGGUCCGAACUACCAGGACCCGCCCCCGAUAUCGGGUCAGAAACGAGGUUCUCCAGAUUGUUUCGAUAGAGGCAGCUUUGCCAAACUAUUUAUUGGAUCAGUUCCUAGGACAGCUACCGAGGAAGAUAUUCGCCCUGUGUUUGAAGAACAUGGAGAAGUGAUAGAGGUUGCUCUGAUCAAAGAUAAGAAAACAGGACAGCAGCAGGGUUGUUGUUUUAUAAAAUAUGCAACCUCAGAAGAAGCUGGUAGGGCAAUUAGAGCUCUGCAUAAUCAACAUACUCUUCCUGGGGGAGCAGGUCCUAUCCAAGUCAGAUAUGCUGAUGGGGAACGAGAACGCCUUGGUGCGGUUGAGUACAAAUUAUUUGUGGGAUCACUGAACAAACAAGCUACUGAAAAGGAAGUUGAGGAAAUUUUUUCACCAUAUGGUCGAGUUGAAGAUGUUUACCUCAUGCGUGAUGAAUUGAAGCAGAGUCGUGGAUGUGGAUUUGUAAAGUACUCUCAGAGAGAUAUGGCAUUGGCAGCUAUAAAUGGUCUUAAUGGGUUCUAUAAAAUGAGAGGUUGUGAUCAACCACUAACUGUCCGGUUUGCUGAUCCCAAAAGGCCUAGGCUUGGAGAUUCAAGGGGUCCUUCAUUUGGGGGUCCAGGUUUUGGUCCUCGAUUUCAAGCCCCAGGGGCAAGACCAAUGCCUAACUUUGGCAAUACUAUACGUGAUCAAAUUCCAACUAAUGUUUGGCAUCCAAUGAGUCCAGCAAACUUAGGACCAUCCCCCAGUCCUGGCUUGGUGGGCAAUUUGCUUCCUAGGUCAGGAGACAUGUCGUUGCCCUUGAAUUCGGGUGGCCAUGGCGGCUCUGCAGAGGGUCCUCUUCCUGGAAUGCAAGUUUCAUCUUCUUUAACAUCACAAAAGAGUUUUAACCAUUCUAUGCCACAUGUCGGCCAGCAGAUAUCUCCAUUACAGAAGUGUUUUCCGUCACCUCAGCAUUUGCCACCAUCCCUUGAACAGCACCCUCAAACUUCGGCAUCAAACUCACACACACAAACAGUGCGGGAGCUUGGUCAGGCUCAACUUCCUCAUUCUGCUGGUCAAGCACCAUUUAGUCAAGCAUUACCGUCACAACAGUUUAUUGGCUUGGGUGGACAGUUGUCUGUUCCUCAGCCUGAGGUUCAGAAAAGUUCAUCUUCUGCUACAGCACUACCAGCCCCUUUGAAUAUCAGCUUACAACCUCGAUCCAUGCCCACCGCAGCAAAUCAACAGCAGCUUGGUUCUGCUCCUGGUCAGCAACAACUGAUUCAGCCUCUUCAGCAGUCACCCUCUCCAUUAGCUCAGAUGCUGUCGCAGCAGACACAAACUCUGCAAGCGAGCUUUCAAUCAUCUCAGCAGGCGUUCUCCCAGCUCCAACAACAAUUGCAGCAAAUGCAACCAUCAAAUCAGGGUUUGGCAGUGCAUCAGAAUCCCCUGGCUACCAAACAGCAACAGUCCCAGUGGACUGGUGUUGCACCACAUACAGUUGCCAGCACCACUGCUCCCACACCAGCGGUGGAUGUGCCUUCAGUCACAUCUGUUGCUCCAGCUGUUCCUGGAACCCAGGCUAUAGCUCCUGCAAAAUGCAUUUGGACAGAGCACACCUCACCCGAUGGAUACAAGUACUAUUAUAAUAAUGCAACUGGUGAAAGCAGGUGGGAGAAACCUGCCGAACUUAUAUUGUUUGAGCAACAGCAGCAGCAACAAAAAGCAUCAGUUCAGCAGCCUCAUGCCCAAUCACUCCCUCCAAAUCGGUCUGUGCAGCAAAUUUCUCAAACCCAACAACUGCAUCAUCAAUCUCAGCUUCAACCACAGUUCCGGAACAACUUGCAGUUACAACAGCCCUCAUUUUCUUCAUCGUAUCUGGCCUCUGGAAUUAUGGGUCACCAAAAUGUUCAGGAUGGAAGUUAUUCACAAUUACCUACACCUAGUUCAGUUGGUGAUCCUUCACGCUUCCAACAGGCUGCUCAGGAGUGGACGUGGAAGAAUAAACCAACAGGGGCUUGAAGUGGUAGAGUGUAAGGUGGCACGUCAUCAGCAAAAGAACAGAUGCUGGGAGGAAGCCAAACGUUAGUGUAUUUCUAUCAAUUUUGAUCACGACGCAGCCAAUGGUCCUUGCUAGAGCUUGAAAAUGCUCAGUAGGAUGUGUAGUGGAAACGUUCUUCAGCUCUUAGUUCCUUUUUUGUGAGCAUUUUCAGUACCAUUAGGACCGGGCAACCAAUUGCCUAAAAUCGAGUUGUACGAUAUAAUUGUAAAACAUAGAAAUCCGAUAAUUAUCAGAUAAAUAUUAGUUUAGCUUGUAUUAAAACCUAAAGUAAUAUGUUAUUAGCAUUGCCAUCCAUAAUUAGCAAUACAAAGCUUCCUAAUUGAGCCUUCCACUCCACCGUUGGAAAGUGGCUUACCACA